GUAAACAAAAUGUAAAUCAAUAAAAAGUCAGUGCCCAUAAAUAUAUGAAGAGAGCAAAUUAUCAACUUCCGACUUUUCAUUGAAUUCGCCCAGGGAGAUUUGAACAUGGUAGUAACUGCACUGAAGCGAAUUCUUCAUUUUUCUUUCAUUGAGUGCAGAGAUUGUGAAACGUAUUUGUUAGUUUAUGUGCGAAACGACAAUAAUUUUUCCGUGAUACGAGCAAUAUGGUGAUUGUUGGUGUCUUCGAAUAAGUCAAAAUUAGAAAAAAUAUUCGUGAAAUGAAGAUUUGAUAGGCAAGCCAUUUUCAGACGAAAUAGCGGAAAGUAGCAAAUGUUUGAACAAAAUUUCCAAAUUUGAUGAAAUGGCAUGCAUCAUUUCCUGUUAUUGUGUAUAUUUCUUUGAAGCAACAACAAAAGCGUAUCGAUACCUACAACACGAGGUUUCAACGACCAUUUCGUAUGCAUGCGAUUUGUUGGGCUGUCAAUAUGCGUACGAAACGAUUACAUGUUGGAACAUAAGUGAAAAAGACGUCAAAGCAUAGUGAUCAUACAGAAGUUCUUUAUUACAAAGCUGUAUUCUUCUAAUUUAAAACAAUAUAAUAUAUCUAAGACAUAUGAAGAAUUUAGGAAACAAAUGUAAAUACAUAAAUAUCUAGUACAAAUGCAGUUCAAUGCAAAUUUGUGCCGGCGAAUGUUAACUAAAAUACGCUUCAUAAUGCAGUUGACCGAGCAGCAAUUGAAAAUAAUACCGAAAAUUCAACGCAAGUACAACGUGUCCAUUGGGUUUUUAAAAUCUAAUUUGGCUAAUAUUGAAAAAUUUCUCUGGUAUGCCUUGAGCCCACGAUUAGUUAUUAAGCGCAUUGCCAUUCGAAAAGGAAACAAACCGCGUAUUAUUCUCAACUAUUAUCAUUUGAGGAGAGUGUUAUUUGAUCAGGCGGACCGAAAAGUGAUUAAAACUCGGAGGCGAAAUGUACAGCAAUGGUCACGACAGAUGGUUGCAUACUUGCGCAGAAAAUAUGGUAUCAAAGAGCGUAUAGAAAUUACAACAAUCAAUGAUACUUUAAGUGGGUCAAACAAAGCGAAGGAUACAAUGCUUAACCGUGCAAACCUAGCUCCAGAUGAAGUAAGCAAACAGAUGAAAGAGCAAUUAGAAAUACUGCGGAGUGGAAAACGAAUAGUCCCACUAAUGGAAAGUGAGAUUAUAUUAACUGAAGAUAAUAAUCAAAAUAAUGCAACCAAUUCCAAAGAUUGCAACAAUAUAACACCAUCAGAAAAAGAAAAGACUGAGAGUAUUUUUCAAAAUACAUUAGAGACAACUCCUGAAAAACAAAUCAUGGGAAGUGUAGAAGCUCGCGCUGAGCAGCCAAGGCAUAGCUAUAAGACCGAUAGAAAUAUUGAUGUUGACAAUGAGUCAGUUGAAUUACCACCCUCUAAUAAAAUUCUCGAAACUCCUUCGAAUUCUUCAACCAAAUCUCGGGUCGAAAUGCUUCAGCAAUGUACCAAUAAAACAACUUCGAAAUCAUUUAGUAGUAAUAGCAAUUUUUUAGAUAUGCUCGUGAACAAGGUGCGUAGCAAAAAUACAUCCACCGAGACCUGCAACAAUGUAAAAGCCACCACACCGCAACCACCCUCUGUAGGCAUCAAAACGCCCGAGGUAAAUAUAGAUAAAGCUCAAGACUGCAAUGAACAAUAUACCGACUCAGGUGAGGAGUUCUUCGGUUUUGAUGAAGCGGAGCGGUUACCCGGUAUGAUGUUGACACCGCUUGUACCAUUUUCUGCCCAAUCUAAAGGUAAUACAAAUGGCGCAUUUAUCAGUGAGUCAUUAAAUGAAUUUAUGAGAGAAAAUUUGCUGGAAAGUAGUGACUGUAUAGCCGAAGGCAUAAAAAACUCAUCAGGACGCAAAUUACGUCAAGCUACAUUAGAUGGAUUGGUUACUCCUGAUUGUGUGCCUCCUCGGAUUGAGAUGCCUCUAGUGCCAGAGAGUUUACAAAAAUUACGCACAGUCGCCGAGAGACGUCAAUAUUUGCAGAAGUUCAACAGGAAUCAUAAAUUAUCAAUUAUUAAUAAUGAGGCAGCCAUUUGCCGAGAGCUGCAGAGAAAAAUUCGACAUCGAAAAUCAAAAAGCGUCUCUCAACAGUUGUUACAGGCACCAAAUUCACAAAUGCCAUUCACUCGGCAAGGUUGGCAAGCGGCUUCGUUUGUUACUACCGAAUUCAACCAUUACUAUUACCAAACUUUAGAUGUGAACGAUGGAAAAGAACAAGAACGUGUACGACUUACAGGAGUGCGUGGAAAUAAUGUGGUGCGUAAUAAACAAUCAUAUCUGAGUCGAGUUCCGAGUAAUCAGUUGUCAAAAAGAUGUAACAUCAACACUUGUAGCGAUGCUUUUAUUUGGCGGGAUUUAAAACCCAUUAAAUCAGAGCCUGAUAAAAAGAAAUUAAAUAAAUCACCACUGCCAAGUGUUUUCAAACCCUGUCCACUAUCACACAAACCUUUUCAGAAGCCAUUGGAUGAUGAGACUGCACCAUUGUUAUUAGCCGGUGGUAGCAUGGCGGUUGUUCGUAUGCCAAUUGUAGAGCUGGAAGUUUUUCCAGCACUCGGCAAGCCAUUACAUGAAGUAGCCAAACGGUACCUAGAUUACAUACUUCCGCACUGUGAUAUAACACGUGAGUGGGCAGAGUUCAGCGUGUCCACAUUACAGGAUUCUGCAGAGUAUAAGAAAAAUUAUGAUUUAAGUAACCAAACAAAUGACCGGCUGAACUGUUCAAACUCAACAAGUGCAUCGUUCACAUUUCCGAUUCCAUACCUAAACGAUCGCAGUCACAUUUUGGUUCGUCGCGUAGUUGACCGUUCAGAGAAACUUGAUGAAACUUUCGAAGCUACGAAGUCACCUGUAGAAGAUUUUUCCUUUCGUGCGAAUAUUGAUGAAAGCGAUAAUGUGAUGGUGGAAUGUGCAGAUGUUCUUAGUGAGAUGAUAAAUAGUGUUGCCAUUAGCUGCAGUGAGAACUCUUUCAUUAAGGAAGAUCCCGACGGACUGCGAAUUGAAAAGAAUGUAGAUCAAGAAAGUAUACAAGAAAAGUCAUCUGGAAAAUUAAAAGAUGAAAAAAUUUGUAAUACCAAACCUUCAGAUGAAUCAAAGUUGGGUGGCCAAACUGCUAAUAGCAAGAAGCAGAAUCGUCUUCUACUGGAACUACGACGUCUAAACGCAACCAUAAUUGAUGCAGCUGUAAAAUCCGAAAAGGGUACCAAACCAUGUGCCAAAGAAUAUUGUACAUUCGGCUGUAUCUGUCAAAGUCUUGCCGAUGAUUAUCCCCUGCGUCAACAUUGUGGCAAAUCCAAGUGUGUCAUAGAAUGUACAUGUAAAACUCCAUCACAGUCACGCAUAAUGCGUCUAGAAACAGAUGGUCGUUCAAUCACCACUGAAGACGCAUUUAUGCUCCGUAGACAGGCCACUGCGAGGCUGGCUCGUAUGGAGAAAGAAUUUACUUCAACUAUUGUUUUAACAGAAAAUGAGACCCUCCUCAUCAAUGAAUCGCAAUACGAUAAGAAACGACGUUGUACAAAAGCACCAAAGCGCUACGAAGAUUUUGCUGACAACGAUGAGGAUUAUACGGGCAAGACUUUAGCCACAGGUUCCCCAAAUAAGACGCAAAAUACUGCUCUUGUCGCUAUUGAAGCUCCAACAGAUACAUCUCCAAAUUCUGGAUUUUUAGAAACAACUACGGAGCUUCGCGAGCCAAUUUAUGUCAACGAUAACGUCUUAGAACAACUUAAGCAUUGUACCAUUCCUUUAAUGCGUUUCGAAGACACCCAAAAUAUGGCAGUAUGGUGUAUGGUUCAUGAGUUGUACAAAUGUUAUUGUGGUGGGCGUGCAAUCGAAGGAAAGCCUUUAGUUAUUGAAAAAGAUAAUAAUACGACGACCAUCCAUAAGGAGACAGCAAAUUUGGGAAACAGGCAAAUUGGACAGUCGGAAGAAGAAUAUGUUGUUACAUCCACCAAGGCUCGUUACUCGUUUGAGAAAGUUGAACACGCAGUAGAAGAGGAAGAAGAAGAGGAUAAAUUGCAAGAAGAAACUGUGAGCAUAAAAAAACGAUUAGGUAAAAGAAAAAGUACUGAUCGAAAGUCUCAAGGCAGUGCUGCAAGAUACGAUAGCACAGACGAUGAGAGCUUUGAGAAUGAUCAGGAAGAUGAGUUUGGAGACUCAUACGAUUCAGACUUUGAAGCGGAAAAUAGUCGCUCAAAAAGACCGAAAUUACUAACAAAUCGGCAGGAAAGACGGGGUCGCCCCAGCGAGCAGAGUUUCAUUAAUAAAUAUUUCAAUACUGAAGCAGAUGGUUGUCGUCGAGUAGUUGUUAUACCUCGAAAAACUUACUUGCGAAUAAAUCGUAAAAGACGUGCUGAAGUUGAGGAGUUCAUAGCGAAGAAUGAAAACAAACGUACUGUGCUUUUGCUGAACGAACAUAUUUUGCGGUCAGUUUAUUAUCACAAACAUGAAGUUGAAAAGCAACGCAAAGAAGCGGCGCUGGAAUCAGUAACGAUUAAUAAAAAAAGAAAGUUACAGGAAAAGAAAAUAUCCGAAUCGGAAGAUAACGCAAACAAAGAAUCGAUUCAACAGAAAAUCGAGUCAGCAAAGACAAUGACUGAGAAUAACGAAGAUCAACCAAUUGUUGAAAUAACUGAUGAAGAUUCAUGCCACUCAUCGCUUUCGUCGCUUCUGUCGCAGUCUUCCUCUAAGCUAACAAUUGAUACAAAACUGACGAACCGGCGGCAGCACCGGAAAAGAAACACAGCCAGAAACAAUAGCAUUGAAGAAGAUGUCUCAAAACGCGAUAAUAGCUCUGUUGUUGAGGAAAAUAGUAAUCCACCCGUUUUUGUGUCUACGGAGAAAAUAAAAAAUACAGAAACUAUUGAAAAUUCUACUCAAGAGAAGUCAACCACAGACCUUACCCUUUGUGAUGAUGCACAGGCUUCAGUAUCGACUGUUUCUGAGGAUGUUACAGAUUUCUCUUCAGGCACAUCCGAGUGCUCCGCAGCACUCUCACUAAACAUGCCACCAUCGUCUUCACUGUCAACGACUCGUUUAGAUUUUUUCAAGGACGUAGUACGCAGCAUGAAUAGUUUAGUGAACAAAAAAAUGCAAGACAUCGGAUUAGCACUGAAGCGAGAAAGUAAAGUGAUUCCUGCACCGAAUAACGAAAUAUUGUGCAUCAUCAAAUGGUCAAAUUUCUUGGAUGCUUUUGUAGAGGGUUUUGUUUUUAUAUGGCAAGUAAAACUCGCCGAUGAUCAAUCCUUCUUUGCAGCCACAAUAAGUAACAUGAUGCCGAUGGUGCUGAAUGCAGUAGGUGUGAUGAAUAUAGCGGCUUUGCCAAUGCAGCAGGUUCCUUUACUAGGUCGUAUGCUUUUGCAACGUUGUCGAAGUCCACAAACUAAUGAUCUGGCGAUUGUGAUGCAAGGUCGUGCAAAGUAUUGGCUUGUUAAGGGUUUUUUGCGUGCAGAUAAGUCAAGUGCUUGUGCCAAACCGACACCAAAGUCCCAUCCACUACUUACACGUAAAAUUAACGUGUUAUCUAGUUUGCUGGCUAAGCAACAUAUUCGUGAAAUGAAUAAAAAGGCCGCACAGAAGCAAAACGAAAAACUCCCCGAAAACUUGGAGGUGGAAGGAGCCAUAGCAGCUCCAAUAAAAGUUACCCCACAGGCUGCUACACCUAUUCAACAAUCUCUUUUGAAGCCAAAGUUACUAUCUUCACUACCGCCAGUCCAAAAUGAACAAAAACAAAAACUUUUCAACACCAAUAAAAGUAUACAAAAACCUAAUAUAGAUGCAACAGCCGAACAGAAAACAAGUGAAAUUAAAACCACUCUGCAAAAUAAAGUACCGCCAACAAAGAGUAGUAAAGGCUCGUCUAGUGCGCCGAAUAAUAAUAGUACAAUAGUUAAAACCGAUAAGACGAAUUCAAAAUCAGGUUUAACGAUGUUGCAAGAAUUGAUCGAGAACAGUCAAUAUAAAGAAAUAAAGUCAAAUAUUUCGUUCCGUAAAGUUACGGCGGCUGAUAUUAGUGAACUUUAUGGGCUAGAUAUAACCACUGAACCACAUCGUUGGCUAGUGUUGGAUCUUUAUAAAGACUUUUCACAUAUUUAUGUUCCCGACUUUCAAGAACUCGUCUCUCUAGAUCGCAUUCAAAAAGUAAUGGCCUUCAGCCGACAAAAACAAAAGAUUGUUAAACUGCAAUUUUUCCAAAAUGCAGCAUACGAUGCUUUCGUUACACCAAAUUCUGAGCGAAAGAUUUAUUUUGGACCUUUGAAAUGGAAUACACCGCUACCGUUGUUGAUUUUAUUACAAAGCGUUGAUCGCAAGAUGAUGCUGCGAGAAACAUAUCAACAAAUGCACAACAUUCAAGGAGAACAAGAUGGUUCUACCACAGCCUUCUGUGUCGAACGAAAAAAUGAAGAGAUACACUUGGAGUAUGAACUAGAUGAAAGUACUGCCAAUACAAAGGACGCUGAAGGGAAGCUAUUCCAGCCAGUUAAAACCGUACAACCUAACAUUGCAGAAUCCGACGAUGACGAUUGCAUGAUUGUUGAAGAUAACAAACCUGAGAUGCCAUUUUCGCAACUCAUACCAUUAUCACAGCCUAAUAUUACAGUAAAACCUCUUUCAGAGCUGCAAUCUCAACCUAAUCAAUCAACAUUAUCUCGACAACUAACAAAUUUCACAAUACAAACUAAUGCGAACUCGAAUCGUCUGCAAAUAAUAAAAGGGUGUGCCACACCUACAACUACAAAUCACACAAGUAGUAAAACCAACCCAGAAGAAGUACCCACUGCACAAUUACAAAUGUUAUCAAAUAGUACAAAUACCGAGUUAUUAGCUGGAACGCAAAUGCCACACCCGCAGGUGUCAAAGAAAUUAAUGCAAAGUUCUUCAGUGGGACACCUAACUAGUGCACCCACACUAUUAGACAAACAGGCCACCCCUAUUUUGUGUAGUUUGCCUCCUAAUGCAGUCAUCACAGGAGUAACAACGGCACCACAGGAAGCCCCUUACGGCAGCACAAUAUUCAUUUCUGGCGUAACUUCCUUAGACCAAACAGUGAGCUGUAGUGAACAGAGCCCAGAUAUGCAAACAACAAUAGCGACCAACUCAAAUACUAUUGGUGCGUUAUCAAAUGUUAGAUAUCUUACACCCGAUGUUCGUGUUACAGCUACUGGGGAAUCAACCUCAACUGAAUCGUUGCCAACACCUACUUUGACUACAAUGUCUAGUAGUAAUGCUGCCAUAUUCUCAUUACCUAAAACUCCGCAAGUAAACAAGAUGAUAGACAUCCCCGAAAUAUUGCCUUUGCAGACGUCAGCUGAUGCCGAAAAUACCCAUGCCGCUAUUAAUCGGAAAUCAUUACCAACAGAAGUAAAAAAUGUAGCUAACGGUGAUUGGAAACGAUUUCUGUUAGACGAUUGCUCGAAAUCGUCAACUAUAGGUUCCACAACAAUCACAAAAAUGCCUGAGAAACUUGAAUAUACACCUGAAAUUUAUAUGCCUGCUGGUAUGCCGCAAAUACCAAUUAAUAUCGAACAAGAUGACUUCGAACCAAUUGCUUCGGUUGUGUUUAAACCUAUUGCCACUACUAAAACCACAGAAAAUACUCAAAAUAAUUCCAUGCCAAAUGGUACUCGGAAAGCUGCAUGUCUGACUUCAACAAAAGUAGCGACAGCAAACACUACUUCUACUUCAUCAAUCACACCUGCAUCACAACCAGCAUCCAAAACAGACAAUGCAACAACAAAGGCACAAGUUAUGACUAUACCAUUUCGAACGAUGGCGUCCGCUAAAGAACCAAUUAAAUCGCGAAAUGUAACACCAACGACGAUUGUGUCUAAACCGACUAUAAUACCCAAUGUGAGAAAAAUAUCAAAUAGUUCGCCUUCAGUCUCGAAAGGAGCUAAUAUGUCUGUACCAAAAGUUAUUGCCUCAAAUCAAUCUUUGGUGCAGCAGUUAAAAAAACCAUCUCAACCAUUAAAGCCCCCAACAACACAAUCGUUUGCGCCUCGUCUAAUAUUGCCUAAUAAACCACGACCCGUUGUGAGCUCACCAGCAGUAAACACCGUCAGUACUGCCUCACCUAAACCAUUAAUAAAUAUUAGAGCAGCUAUACCAAUACCCCAACGUACUUAUUCUAUGGCGCAUCGGCGCAGUGAUUCGACACCUUCGGGCCCAAAUAUACUUGGUAAAAAGUCUAGCAACGUUACGCUAACAAAAAAGGCAUCAGAAGCGUCGACUACCAUGUUAUCUCGAACAGGCUCAGUACUAACAUCUAAACACAACGCAACUGUUAACAUUAAUAGUAAAUUAACUGAACAGUAUGGUGUUUUUUGUUCUGCGAGCAACGACAAUUCGCCAAAAUUUUGGGCGAAACGGGUAGUUAAUGCUUAUUUAAUUAAAGUCCCGGGCGUAACAAGCGUGGUUCAUUGUUCGGAUUUGGAAAGUGUGGGGACAUAUCUUAACCAGCAUCUAAUGAAGCAGAGUCCCGUGAUGAAAUCUAAACUUCCAAUAAGGUGGAAAUUUGUGCCGUCGGAUCAAUUGCCUGUUAAAAUGCUAACAACCAAUAAGGAUGGUAGCACCAGCGAAAAGAUUCUUAUGAGGUGUGUCAAAGUGACGGAAAACAGUGCGUCAGAGCCAAAGGUGACACCACCGGCUAAUAUUUCCAACUCUAGGAAAGGUACGGUAAAUGUAACCACGUCACAUAAAAAGGGCAGUGAACCAAUUUUAAUUGAAGACUAGAAACACAACCCUUGUAUUGUGGCUUAUUUGAUUCACACAUAAGAUUUACCAAUACUUAUGCGUUUAAAAGUCAUAACUGUUAGGUGAACAUCGCGAUUAGCGUUUAAAAAUCUAUAUUAUUGGAUGGAUGUUAUCAAGGAUUUAACUAUAUUUUGUAUAGUCCGCUAUAUUGCGAACAUUAUUGUUGCAGCGUUGCAAAAUAAUUUGAAAAACAGGCGGUUAUGACUUGAGAACAAAUCAGUUUCAAUAAGUUUAUGCAUAAGAAAGAAUCUCAUUUAUUAUUAAUUUAACUAGCAUUCUUCUCCUAUGUUUUUAUUAUUAUUUUUUUAACUUAAAUUAGUAAUAAAUCUAAGUUAUACAUGGUAACAUUGAAGUAAUUAUAACCGCCUUAUAUUAUUAAAGUACGUAUACUCACGAUUUGUAAAAAAGAAUAAUUUAUUUCUAAGGCGUAGAUAUUCCUUCGUUGUUUGUUUCUUGUAUAUUCUUUAAUGAACUUGUUAAGUUAAUAUAAAUAUAUAUAUAUAUAUACAUAAGUAUAUUCAUAAGAUCUUCACCAAGCUUGCGUACUAAGAUGUAUGUGCACAUCAAUUAUGGCAAGUUAUUAUUAAAUAUGUAUCAUAAUAAAGUAUUAUAAUGAAAUGAAA